AAUUUAUUAACUUAAUAAUUUAAUAAUAAUUAUUGAUUGUAGUACGUAGUAAAAUGGGUAUACAGGAUUUAUGGGAUGUUCUCCGACCGGCAUUCGAUGAACGAGUAUCCAUUGAUAAAUUUACUGAUCAAUUUAUCCGACUCAAUGGUCGAGUACCUCGAUUAGCCAUAGAUGCCUCCACAUUUUUAUUUAAUUCAAAUCUUGUGCCAGAUCGUGAUAAGGCUUCUAUUGCAAUACGGAAUUUCAUGAGUAAAGUCUUAAAUUUAGUGGCAUUAAACCUCUCGAUAAUAGUAGUUUUCGAUGGAUGUUUCCGUCCUAAUAAGGAUAGAGUUAGUGGAUCAUUAGAAUCAAAUCGAACUUAUGAAGAUGAUUUGAUAGAGUUUAAAACUUUAACAGUCGAUCAAUAUAAAGAUUAUUCGUUUGAAGAAGUAGCCUUAAUUAAGGAAGAAUUAUUCAAGUGUAAAAUAGAUUAUUUACAGGCAGCUGGUGAGGCUGAAGCUCAAUGUGCUCAACUACAAACAAUGGGAAUUGUAGAUUAUGUGGUAACUAAUGAUUCAGAUGCAUUUGUAUUUGGUAUAACUGCUGUACUUCGUAACUUUAAUAGAUUUAAAGAUGAUUCCUUAGCAUCUCCUCGUAAGGAUUCUGUAUCAUCUACAAAAUAUUAUUAUGUAACUCCAGUUAGAAUGUCACAGGUUGAACAAAUAAUUGGAUUAAAUUGGGAGAGAUUAGUAUUAUUGGCUAGUUUAAGAGGUGGUGAUUAUUCUUCUGGUUCUAAAAAGAUAGGUAUAACUCAUGCCAAAGCAAUUGCCUUGUGUGGAACCAACUAUUUAGAUAAGAAACCUAUACAAAUGCUGCCAUCUAAGAAGUCUAAAUCCAAUCAACAAAUGGAAGAAUUUAUUCCUCCAGAUUUCUCCAAAGAAUUUUUAAAUAUAUUCUUAAAGGAAAAUCCCACCAAUAAAGGAAACUUAUAUGUUGAACCUAUGGAAAGAAAGAUAAGACUUCAGAAAUUCCUUACGUCUCUAAAUUCAAUUAUUAGAUCCAAUUCUAGACUGUUAUUUGGUCGUCUACUAACUCUAGAUAAUGAUUUGGUUAUUCAAGAAUAUUAUACUAUGUUGUAUCUAUUUCCAUUUGUGGAUAAAAGGCUAUAUAAAUUCUUACCAUUAUCUUUAAGCUUUGGAGAAUUGCAUGCAAUUGACAAAGAUAUAGUAAUAUCUCGAUCCAAAAGUUUCACUUUAAAUUCUGGUUUGCAACAAUUUGAAAGGAUAAAUAGUAAUUACACCAACUCAAUAGGGUAUCUGAUUAUUUAUUUGGAGAAUAAUAAAGAAGAGUUGCAGAUUAUAAGUCAUAAAUUUGAGCCAACAGAAAAGGUAUUGCUUUAUACACCCAAGUAUUUUAUUCCUCCUGAGUUUUAUUGGGAUGCCAAAUAUGUAAUAAUAAAAGUAUUAGCACAUAAGGCUUUUCCAAAUGAAAUUGCUUGGAUAGAUAGGUUCAAAAGUGAUGAGAAUCAAGGAGAGUUAUUAAGAAUAAAGUAUGAUAAAUAUAAGUUACCUUUCAAUAAAGAAGAAGAAAAUGAUGAUGAUAAUCUAAAAAGCGAAGCAAGUGUAUGGUGUAUCAAAACUCUUAUUGAAUUAGUUAACAAAGAUGCAAUAAAUCAUUUUAAAUUAAUAGAAGAUCAGAAAGCUAGAGCUAAAAAGGAAAAGAAAUCUCCAGUCAAGGCCAAAACACAAAAGACUAAAGUUGAUGAUUUCUUUAAGAGAACUACGCUUGCCCCUUUACCAUUAUAUGCAACACCGGAAUCAGUAUCCAAGGGUCCAAUUUCAUUUCCUUUAUCAACUCUUGUAACUAAGAAUAACACGAAUAAGAAUAAGAAACUGCAAAUAUCCAUACAGUCCUUCUUCAAGGGAAGAAUGGACGACCCAUUCCAAGACAUACAACAGUCGAACCGAUUAGUAGCUAGCGAGAUACCAUACUUAGAAGCCAAACCUUCUAAAAGGUCAUCAUCAGGUGGUGAACUCAAUCCCAGUCCUACUAAGAAGCUUGCACCUAGAAGAAUUAUUGCAGAAAUCGAAGAGAACGAAAUCGAUCUUACGUCUGAUACUUUAUAUGAUCUUUCCCUACACGAAGCAGAUGACAGUAGCUUGAUGGAAAUCAAUAUAGAGGAGUUUAAUUCUAAGAGAUAGCUAAUAUAUAGUCAUCAGUAUGCGACAUAUAGAUACCACCUGUAUAUUGAUUACCAUUUAAUGAAAAUAUGUCUAAGUAUCUACUAGGUUGAUAUAGAAUAAGAUUGAAUAGAGCAAGUAAUUGCACAUAUAAAGAAUAUACUUACAAAUUAGUUUCAACAUCAACUCCAAUUGUUUUAUAGAAAAUCUUUCUAGCCAAUUAUGCGUCCAUUUAUUCGUAUAUUUAAAAUUAACCUCAAAGAUAAACAAUGCAAGUAAAAGAAGAUCUUCUGAGAAUAUUUCAUUUAAGGGAAAUAGUCAAUACAAG